AUGUGUCAAUGUCUUCUUGCUAUUCUCGCUAUCUUCCUUCCAGUAAGUUUUUUUGAAUACAUGAAUAAUGCUCUUUUCAAAACGAUUUAUUUCAGCCAGUCGCUGUUCUUCUUCACGGUGGAUGUAACAGCGAUUUCUGCAUCAACUUGCUUCUCACCCUCUUGCUUUUGGCUCCCGGAAUUAUCCACGCUUGGUGGGUAAUUUUGUGCAAGGAAGAUCGUGCCACAAACAUCUACAUCCAAACUGUAAGUCGAUUUUGUUUCAAUCGAAAAUGAAUUAUUUUUUCACCUGCUCAACAAAUCAAAUAAGUAUAAAUUUAUUUCCAGAGCCCAGGACAACAAUACGGAAAUGCUCCACCAGCCUAUUCACAAGCCUAA